AUGGAAAGUAAGAAACAUGAGGAGGAUCAGACCGAUAGCAGCGAUUACACGUCGGAGGACGAGGGGACUGAGGAUUACCGGCGAGGAGGGUACCACGCGGUUCGAAUCGGCGACACUUUCAAGAAUGGCAGAUACGUGGUGCAGAGCAAGCUCGGUUGGGGCCAUUUCUCCACCGUUUGGCUCGCCUGGGACACCCAAUGCUCUCGAUAUGUAGCUCUCAAGGUGCAAAAGAGUGCUCAGCACUACACCGAGGCUGCCAUGGAUGAGAUAACUAUCUUGAAACAGAUUGCAGAGGGAGACCCUGAAGAUAAAAAAUGUGUGGUGAAGCUCUUGGAUCAUUUCAAGCAUUCAGGACCUAAUGGACAGCAUGUUUGUAUGAUUUUUGAGUAUUUGGGGGAUAAUCUGUUGACACUAAUCAAGUAUACUGACUAUCACGGAUUGCCGAUUCAUAUGGUUAAGGAGAUAUGUUUUCAAAUAUUGGUUGGCUUGGAUUACUUACAUAAACAGCUCUCUAUUAUACAUACUGAUUUGAAGCCUGAAAAUAUUUUGUUACUGUCAAUGAUAGACCCAUCAAAGGAUCCCAGAAAAUCUGGCAUCCCUCUCAUUCUUUCAACUAACAAGGACAGGGCUUCAUUAGAGCCCGGGAUUUCGAAAGAUAUAAAAUUUUCAAAUGGUGAUUUGACUAAGCACCAUAAAAGGAACAUUCGAAGAAAGGCAAAGCAAGCAGCUCAGGGGUGUGUGGAGAAGGAAAAGAGUGCAGAGGCUGAGGCUAAUCCAGAAACAUCUUAUACAGUGGAAUCUUCUCCUAAUGCAAAGUCGAGCACGGGUGCUACCAAGGAAAAACAACCUAGUUCUUUCAAUUCAAAUAGAUUAUCUGAUGCGGAUGGAGGGGAAGAAAAUCAAAGCACCAAGAAAGGGAAUCGCUUAAGAAAGAAGAUGUUAUUGGCUUCAGUGGAUCUGAAUUGCAAGUUGGUCGACUUUGGAAAUGCAUGUUGGACAUACAAACAGUUUACAAAUGACAUUCAGACUAGACAGUAUAGGUGCCCUGAAGUUAUCCUCGGAUCGAAGUAUUCUACAUCAGCAGAUCUUUGGUCCUUCGCAUGCAUUUGUUUUGAGCUUGCAACUGGUGAUGUACUCUUUGACCCUCACAGUGGUGACAACUUUGACAGAGAUGAGGACCACUUAGCUUUGAUGAUGGAACUUCUUGGAAUGAUGCCACGCAAGAUUGCCUUUGGUGGUCGCUAUUCUCGAGAUUUCUUCAAUCGAUAUGGCAAUCUGAGACACAUCCGCAGGUUACGUUUCUGGCCAUUAAACAAAGUUCUCAUGGAGAAGUAUGAUUUCAGCGAACAAGAUGCAAAUCAAAUGGCAGAAUUCUUGGUACCAAUCCUUGAUUUUGUUCCAGAAAACCGACCCUCUGCAGGUCAAUGCCUUCUUCAUCCAUGGAUGAACGCUGGUCCUCGGUUGUUGGAACCAUCCCAGAAUCCUGCCUCUCCUGAGGAGAAGAAGAAGGAAAAGGAAGACACGGAGGCAAUGGAGGUAGGCAUGAGAAACAUUGCCAUUAGUUCAGAUUCUGAACAAGUUAAAGAUUCCCAGCAGUCCAAGUCCAAGACCAGCAAAAGCAAUUCCUGAGGUAGGUCUCUGCUCCACUUCAUCUUUCUUGUGUGGAUUUAGCAAAAUGGUGGUUGGAAUUCUAGUGAGAAAAGAGACCAAAGAGCUGAGUGAAGCAAUUGGGUUGCAUUAACAAUGGUGAAGCAGAAGCUCCAACAACUUUUGAGUGAGAAACUUGUGUUAACAAGCAUGAACCCAAAGCUUCUGCCAGGAAUGUGGUGAAUCAUGAAGUUUAUUUUCAGUGAAGCUGAAUGAUGUAGCAGUCUGGCAAGUGGAGCCCAGAUGGGUGGUUUAGGUACUACUACAGCUCAACAAUAAUUUUCAAUUUUCAUUACCAUUUUAUAAAAAAAAAAUAUUCCUUGUAUUCAGGUGGUCUAGCAUGGAGACACCAAGCUUUACUGCACAAUGUGAUUUAUUGGUUUUUAUAUUGCUUCUUUUAGUCUCUCUCUCCAUAUA